GUCAGCCUCACAAAAACCAGGGAUCAGUUUAAUUGUGAGCAAUCCUAUGACCACUUUAAUUGGAGAAGGCUUUCUGACCUCACAGAUGAAAACGCUAUUUAAGUUCUGCCAACCAGAUGUUCCACUAGUAACUAAGCAGCUGCUAACAGUGGUUUUCCAGGCUGCUUCAACAGAAAGUACAGAAUAUUUAACCAAAAAGAUGAUUGUCUUAACUUUUCUUUUUGCCUUGUUGUGGGAUAGAACUCCUGGCUGGGGUUUCAAGGAUGGAGUUCUACAUAACUCUAUUUGGUUAGAACGAGCAGCAGGAGUAUAUCACAGAGAAGGACGGUCUGGAAAAUACCAACUAACCUAUGAUGAGGCAAAAUCAGUGUGUGAAUAUGAAGGAGGACACUUAGCAACAUACCAGCAAUUGGAGACUGCAAGAAAAAUAGGGUUCCAUAUGUGUGCUGCUGGCUGGUUAGCUAAGGGAAGAGUUGGAUAUCCUAUUGUCAAACCAGGAAGCAACUGCGGCUUUGGAAAGACAGGGAUUGUUGAUUAUGGUUUUCGGCUCAACAAAAGUGAAAAGUGGGAUGCCUACUGCUAUAAUCCUAAUGGAAAAGAUUGUGGUGGAAUCUUCACAGAUUCAAAACAUGUUUUUAAAACCCCGGGGUACCCAAAGGAAUAUGAAGAUGACCAAAUCUGUUAUUGGCAUGUAAGAGUGAAGUACGGCCAACGGAUCCAAAUUCAAUUUCUUGACUUUGACCUUGAAGAUGAUACAGCCUGCAUGGCUGAUUACUUGGAAAUAUACGACAGCUAUGAUGAUGUAAAUGGUUUUGUGGGCAGAUACUGUGGAGAUGAAUUACCAGAUAACGUCAUUAGCACAGGAAAUGUCAUGACACUGAAAUUUUUGUCAGAUGCUUCAGUAACAGCAGGAGGCUUCCAGAUUGAAUACAUUGCUAUCGACUCACCUAAAAAGAAUACAACUACCAAAGCUACUACGAAGUAUUUUGCUGGAAAAUUUGGCAUCGUAUAAAAGAAUUUUGGGAUGAAAAAAGAUGAGAGCCUUUAAGGGGAAUACGCUACACCUUCCCUUCCUACCUUGAGAAAGUUGCUAGCUUUCUCCCAGAAGAUCCCAUUCCCGUGACUUCUGGCCUGGUAUCUCCUCCCCAAUGUGUUCUUCUCUCCGUACUGAUUUUCAGUAAACCAGGCACCUUCCGCUGGA